AGCACUUGGCAUCAGGUGUCUAGGCCUCCUCUUAAACGUGUUCUCACGCAGGUGUAGUCUUGAGCUUUGAGCCCUGCUGCGCUCUCUCACGAGCGAGAGUCACAUUGCCCAAAGUCGCGGCGGUGUCAUUGAUGGCGCAUCACAAGCUCCGUCAGGUUUGCCCGAAGCGACUCCAGGCACAAUCAAAGCGAGCCCGGUGCCCGUGAAGAAUCUGAUGACUUGUCUUUGGGUCUCCUGACUCCACACUCUUUGAAUACGCGCUACCGCAAUAUUGCAAUUUGGUAAAGGUAACGACGACUCGCCGACGAGGCACAUUCCUCGAGCAAGUCAACUUUCUCGAAAAGCCCCGAACGGCGCGGCUACAGCAGUCCGCAUGACCUCCCAGCGGGACGCUCGCUCGGAGUAUAAAAGCUUCGCAAGAGCUCUGCGAUUUCUCAGAGCCAGUUCAGCCAGCUUUCUCUACUAGCCCGGCCUCAGCAAGAUGUUCACUCGCGUCCAGUUCGCCACCCUCGCUGCCUUUGCAGCUACUAUCUCUGCUGUGCGUGCGGACUUGCCAGCUGACUGUGCUCGCAACUACACCGUUCGGCUUGGAGACACGUGCGAUAAAAUCUCCGCUGCCCUCAACGUCUCCACGUAUCAGCUUGCUCAUGUCAAUCCUCAGAUUGAUGCAGGCUGCGACAACCUCGGCGAGGGCGAGCCGCUUUGCCUGGGAAUCACGGGCCAGGACUGCGCAACGACCUAUGUCAUCCAGACCGGCGACAACUGCGACUUGCUUACGGCUAGUCAGAACGUCGCCCGUAGCACUCUGCUGGCCAACAAUCCGAACGUCAACAGCGAUUGCAGCGACAUCUAUCCCGGAGAGGUCUUAUGCACUGCUGACACCGAUAUUCCGUACGCUUCUUGAAUAUCAAUGCUCUGGGUCGGCCCCAAUUGAAGGAAGGGUUAUAACGAAGGAUCGUUCGUGUACACUUGAGCCCUGAGGAGGAUUCUUAUGUGCGCUUGUAUGCGUCUGAUUUUAUACAUUUUGUAGAAAGAAAAAAAAGUGAGCU